AUGACGGAGGACGUACCAGCUAAGAAGACGAAGCUAAGUGCUCGUGAAGAACGCGCUGCUUCAACUCUAUUGCCUCGCAAUUUUCGUGUCCACGAUAUCAACGCACCUAUUGCAUUUUUCGUGCCUUCGCAUUUUUCAUACGCUCAUAUUCUUUCCAGCAUCACAGUUACUUUAGAAAGCAUCAUACAUAAUCCAAUACCUCAAAUGCAGCUUUCUCCUGAAUGUCGCAACUCCAUAAACUUUUCAGAUUUUUGGGCAAGUGUCGAUGAGCCGUCCCUACGAAAAUUCUUGGAUUUUCGCCUUUCUGCUGGUGAUUUGAAUGAUGAGUCUGAAGAACAUCACCGAUACAUUUCUGAACUGAAAACUAUCAAGAAAUAUUAUGCUGAAGCCUCCGAAAUGGGUAGAAAUAUUUCUAAAUGGAUAAAUCGGUUUAAGAGUGCGUCUUUGCAGUGGGAACCGCAGACUACCCUGCAGAGUGCGUCUUUGCAGUGGGAACCGCGUGAAAGAAACUCGUUUUCGGUGAAAACUUUCUGGGAAUUCCAACAGCAAAAAUAUAAUAUUGAUGUCAAGCGACAAUUGAUUAGGGAGGAAGGUUUGUUAGACUUUGAAGAAACAGGCCUUCGUCGACUUCAUGAUGCAUCAUCAGCAAUUCAUAAUGACCACCUUCAGCAUUAUAAACAACGGUUAUCUAAGGAAGAGAUUGGCUUGGAUGUUCAAUCUAGAUAUAAGGAUUCUGUGCGGAAACGCCCAUGCCCUUUAGAUAUUGUUGUUGAAGACAGUCAAAAGGUGCCAUCAAAUCGAAGUACACAGAUUUCAUCAGAAAAACGUCUGCGGUUUGAGGAUAGUUCUGAUGAAGAUGCAACAGUCAAAUCCUCAAGCAGUGACUUCUCCUACCAUCCUGAGAAUGAUUCAGAUAACUCAGAUGAUACUGAUUCAGUUGUCAGUGACCAAAAUGAACCAAAAAAACCAAAAGAUCGAUUAGAAUGGUUAGUUGGUCUUGGUGAUGAAGAGUGGGUAUUAGACAAGGAUGCUCAUCAGUGGGUUGUUGGUGAUGCAAAUGUAACAAUGAUGCUCAUGAAAUAUCGCCAGUCCUCUGUUCAAAAGGCAUAUACUAAUAAUAUUGAAACUGCAGCAGAGAUUCUAUCUUUAAAUCACAUCUUCCUGUUUGAGGAUGAGACUGGAAUUUGGAAGAGACUUGCUGGAGAAUCAUGGAAGACUAUAUUUAAUAGUAUCAAAACUGAGUUUGUCACUUCACAGCUUUCAGAUUAUGAUCUUUUGAGAUGUCAUACCAUGAGCAAUACUGCAAGUGGAACUUUUGCAGAUUGCAAGUUGCUUCUCCGGAAGUGGCAGCAACAGGUGGUUGUGAAUGAAGAUAUUGUUUUAGAACUUUUUGAAUCAAUACUCCAGCGACCAUCGUUGUGGAACUCACGUAGUGUUACAGAAGAUACAUUUGUUCAUGAAGCUUUGGCACCUGUUUUGUCUCCCUUCUUUGUCAAUGAAUUUCUGAUCUGCGACUGGUCUACUGAUAUACUUGAAUCAUCUGCCAACCGGAAAAAGAAACUUGAUCCUUCUCUAAAAGGGAGAGGAAGAAAACCUGAUCUCACAGUAUCUAUUUAUGUCAUAAAUAACAGAAAGGAGAAUGUAUUGGUAACAGAAGUAAAGUCACCAAAAUACCGUGGUAAGAAGUUACCAGACCUGAUCAAGUUAGGAAAUGAAAUGAAGGACUCACUAGAUAAGAUGGUGGAUGAUGGCAUAUUCACUGAAGAUGUAGUUGUCUGUGGUAUUCUUGUGCAUGGUCUUCUAUGUAGUGCGUAUGCAAUGGACUUAAAGUAUGAUGGUGUUUAUCGGAUGAUUCUUUUGGGCCGCUUUUACCUCCCUCGAGACCACAAUGAUUUUGGUGUGUUUCCCAGAACUAUUGAAAUCUUGAUGCAAGUGAAGAAACUUGUGCUUCACACCUACAAUCUUUGCCUGAAAAGCUUGCAAAUGUCUACACAUGCUGAGAGUGAAAUCGUUGCGAGUUGUAGGACACCACCCCGCAGAAAAAUGGUACGGUUUUCAUUUCAUUCCCCAAUUAAAGUUCCACUCAACAAAGGUGAACAACAACAUCAGGCAGCCUGGCAAUUUGAGUCUGAGUCCUAG